AGGAGGAGGAGGCGGGCCAGUCGAGUGUAACAAACAGCGGAGACGGAGCGGCACGCCGCGCGGGAGCACCACGCACACAUUACUCAUACAAACACGCGCGCGCACGGACCGGAGAGUCACAGACGGUGUUUUCAGUUUUUUUUUAAUCAGUGAGAAAUAACUGAGCGGAGAAGAAAAAGAAGAAGCGAUGUAUGUGCAGAAAGGAGGCUUUGAGGAAACGACAAAGCGAGUCAUCAUGUGAAAGAACUUAUGUGGGAAACGGACGCACGGGCUGGAAUACGAGCAGAAUAGAAAGUCAAAGGGCGUGAGCGGAAUGUCCGUGGAUGAGAAGCCUGAAGCCCCCAUGUACGUGUAUGAGUCGACGGUUCAUUGUACCAAUAUCCUCCUCUGCCUGAACGACCAGCGGAAGCAGGAUAUCCUGUGCGAUGUGACCGUCCUGGUGGAGGGCAAGGAGUUCCGCGGGCACCGGGCCGUGCUGGCCGCCUGCAGCGAAUACUUCCUGCAAGCGUUGGUGAACCAGGCGGAGAAUGGGCUGGUGGUCAGCCUCCCGGAAGAGGUCACUGCCAGGGGAUUCGCCCCAUUGUUGCAGUUUGCCUACACUGCUAAGCUGUUACUCAGCAGAGAAAACAUCCAGGAGGUCAUCCGCUGUGCCGAAUUCCUGCGCAUGCACAACCUCGAGGACUCAUGCUUUCGCUUCCUGGAGGCUCAGCUGCGCAGCGAAGAGGACGGCCUGCUGCUCUGCCACAAGGUGGCGACGGAGGGAAACAACUCAGAGGAUGAGAGCAUGCAGUCAGAGGAAAAGCCCACCUCCCCCAGGGUGCGGCGCUGUGCAGAAGCCCUGUCCUCCUUCCGGCACCCUGACGAUGAUCGGCUAGCGAUGCCCAGUCAGCUGAUGGACGGACGGCUGGACUUUGAUCGACAUGGAGCGUCUGACCUGCCACGAUGCCCCAAGUACAGGAAAUACCAGUUGGCUUGCAACAAGCACAAUAAUGACACCUCCUCACACACCAGUACCUCAGGUUUUCCAAGCACAUUAAAGGAGAGCAGCGUUAGUGGCACAGUGCCGGAUCAGGGCAGGCUGCCUCUGGCACAGAUCAAAGUUGAACCACAGGCCGACGAAGAGGCAAUCUCAUUGUGCCUGUCAGAGGAAGAGCAGGACGGCAGGGAUAAGGACAGUGUGACAGCCAUGGAGAUGGAUCACCCCAUACCCGUGGAGAGAGCCAAGAGAACCAAGUCGCCCCCCUGCCUCCGAGCCUUCUUCAAGAAAGGAGUGGACCUUCCCACUCUGCCCAACACUUCACAGCAGCUAUUCGCCAACAGACUCGUCUGCCCCCAGGACAAAGGAAACUCUCAGGGAGAACAUAUAAAAGACUUCAGACCUUUCUCCGGGGAGCUGAGUCUGUCUGUUACAUCCCCAAACAACGUGGACGGUUUCCCUGUUGGGUUGUCCCUCAAGUCUGCUUCCUGUGAUGGGGUCUGCAAAGGGGACGUUGAGCUAGACCGCCGUAGUGUCAUAUUUUCCUCAGGGGCCUGCAACCGUCUGGGAACGCCAGCGCAUUCCUACCCUGGUGGGAACUCUUUGGAGAUGGAUCUCACUGAGCACAUGCCAAAGGGCGUGUGGGCUGGAGCCAGCCAGUCCCUCCCCACCUCCCAAACCUUUUCUCCCAGCACCACCUCCUCUGAGCCCCCUAUUCUGUGCCGCCCACGACCGAACACCAGCUGCCCAGUGCCAAUCAAAGUGUGCCCACGCUCGCCGCCUUGUGAGACUCGCACCCGCACCUCCAGCUCCUGCUCCUCGUAUUCGUAUGCGGAGGAUGGCAGCGGAGGUUCCCCCUGCAGCCUGCCCCAGUUUGAGUUCUCCUCCUCGCCGUGCUCCAACAUGGCGCGCUGCCUCAAUGUGGACCAGCAGGAUCAGAGCAUUGGAGGGGACGCCCUUUUUAACCAGGUGCGGCCCAAGAUCAAAUGUGAGCAGUCCUACGGCACCAACUCCAGCGACGAGUCUGGCUCCUUCUCGGAGGGAGACAGCGAGUCCUGCCACGUACAGGAACAAGGGCCAGAGGUGAAGCUGCCUUUCCCCGUAGAUCAAAUCACGAAUCUUCCACGGAACGACUUCCAAAUGUUGGUGAAGAUGCACAAACUGACCUCGGAGCAGCUCGAGUUCAUCCACGACGUGAGGCGGCGGAGUAAGAACCGCAUCGCUGCGCAGCGCUGCCGCAAGAGGAAGCUCGACUGCAUCCUGAACCUGGAGUGUGAGAUCAGGAAACUGGUCCAUGAGAAGGAGAAGCUGCUGACAGAGAGGAACCAGCUGAAGGCCUGUAUGGGCGAGCUGUGGGAGAACUUCUCCUGCCUGUCUCAGGAGGUGUGCAGGGACGUGCAGCUGAGCCCCGAGCAGGUCCAGUCCUUACACCACUACUGCCCCGUGCUGCGGCCCGCCAACUCCACUGCCAGCAACAACAACAACGCCGCCCACCAGCCCAAACCCGCGCCCCUCGGCCUCACCACCACCAACAACACCACCACCAGCAUCGACCUCACCACCCACUCAGGCUCAGCCACCCCGGAGCCCAGCUUCCACGGGUCGCCUGGCCCCUCGGAGAGCGAGCCAGACUUGGCAGUCAGGAACGGGGCGGACAGAGAAAUGGACGGUCAGGACGCCGGCUUGUACUCGAAGUCAGGGCUGACCGUGGAGAAGUCCAACCAGGCGGUGACGGUAGAUUUCUGCCAGGAAAUGACUGAAAAAUGUACAACUGACGAGCAGCCGAGGAAGGACUGCACUAAGUAGUUCUCUGUGUUUGUUUUUGAUGUUUUUUAUUAUUUAAUUUUACUCUUCUGACAAACCCUCGCUCUGGGUUGUUGAGACGGUCAGCCUCCGCCAGUGUUCACUGAAAAAAAAACAAGCUUUGUUUGUAUUUAUGUCUUUUUGUGCUGUUUUUGUUUUGAAUGGUUGACACUAAAGUUGUCUUAACAGCAGCAAUACUGUUCUCCAGGUAUUCUCCUCUUACCAUGACAGAGUGGGAACUUCUCACCAAACCCUUACAAUGGUGCUAAACUCGCCCCGGCAGCAGCGGAGACUCUGCUCUCCAUACAUCACAGCUCAAAGUCAAACCUCAUCGGACCUAAACAGCAGCAGCAGCUCUCUGUCUCUCUGUUCCUGCCUUUUUCUCUUUCACAUUUGCUCUUCUUUUCCCACUCUGUCCCUAUCAAUCUUUACUCUACCUCUCUCUGUCUCUUCCUGCGCUCUGUCUGUGGUUCUUCUCUCUCACUAUAUAUCUCAGUGGCCCUUUUUGUCACAGCAAUUCAAACUCAGGAAGAAAAGAAAUCCUCUGAAUGUUCAACCUAAUUCAUGAAAAUGAGAAUACAGUUUCUGUACGCGAGGGAUGCAGUUAGACUGUAAAAUGUUCAUAUGCAAAAAUGUCUUCAAGCGUCUCGCAGUUGUAUUUCUGUACAGGACAACUUCUUUGUAACUAAAAACAUUCCUCCUUUGCCUUCCUCAGCACUGAAUUGAAAGGUAAAAAAAAGUUUUUUGCAGGCGGUAAAUGGCUAUUUUUAUUUCCCACUCAUCAGCAAUACCAUUGUAUUUGGAUGUUGUGAUGGUGACUUUCAAGUGCUUGUUUGGCAGAAAUGUACAUAGUAUGGAGCAUGAUGACUGUAACAGUGAUUUUGUACAGGUAGAGGCUUAGAUGUUUCUUUUUCACCGGGGUUAUAUCAAGCACCUUUUUCUAAGGGAAAAAUCUUUGCUUUGCUGUUUCCUGUCCUGCCUAUCGAAUGCUCCCCUUCAUGGCGGGUGUUCUUAAACUCAGGAAAUCAGCACAAACACACACGUACACACACACACAUUACAGAACAUACAGACACAUGCGUCAACACGCAGAGUUUUGAGCCCCAUGCAUGUAUAAAAGUUAGACAUUCAAGACGUGUUUUGAGCUCAGGCCAGCUCCUCUUUCCCCUUUGAUCCUCUUUAAAUGUGAAAAAUCGAGCUCUGCCUUGUGUUUUAUGGAGGAAAUCUUGUUUCUUAUCAGUAUUUAAAAAAUGCUUUUUGUGUACACUCUCGCAGACUUGCUUUAGAUUUUCUUUAGUGUUGCCAAUCGAUGUUCAGAUGGAGCUAAAAAGCAAUAGAUACUCACGUUUUUUAAACUAAAUCUUUAAACAAACACCAAUUUACUAAAGGAAGAAAGAAAGAAAGAAAUUGAUUAAAUUUAGACACUUUGUUUCUGCCCCCAAGCGCUCAGAGCCAUUUAGCACUUCAGUUUGGGUCUUUGUCUUUAAUUCAGGCUCCUUAAAAGUCUGAAACUGGAGCACUUAAUUCGGCACUUAAAGAGGAAACAUCAUGUUUAUAUGAUAAUACAAAUAUCUCUAUGAAAAAGACGUAUCUGAAACACAAAAGGAAGCUAAUGUUUUAGUAUAAGAAUGUUCACAACUUUUAUUUGUAUUUCUUUAUUAAUUGAAUAAGCUAAUUCAGACUUCAUUUGACGUGAAAACAGUGUUUGUGUUGUCCAAACGACUAAGUAACAAUCAUAUAAGAUAGUAAGAAGUUUGCCCUAACUGUGCAUUUGUUUGAACAUCCUGCUUUGUGAUGUGCAUGCAUGCCUCCUGUAGCUAUAAGUCUAGUUAGUUUGUCUUUAGCUUCUGUUUGCCUCGUGACUUCUUUCUGGAGCUUUUAAAAUGAUAUUUUUAAAUCUAUAUGUAUAAACAAGCUGAAUGAAGUCAGUCCUCAGUAGAGGCUGGCUCUGUGUAUAACAGAUAGAAUUCAAUUGGAAUGUGAAGCUUUAUUCAUUACUCUUUAAAGCCCUGAUCCCAAAUAGUCCUUCCUGUUAGCUUAAUCGAUAGCUAAUACUAGGCUAGCUGCUGUUCCACUCACUAGUACUCUCUCAUUAAAGCAGAUGUUUAUCCAUUAGUGAAAUCCCAGAGUUUGACAAUUGAGAAUCCACUACAGUACUUGCUUUUGAAAUACAAACCCGUGAUUC